AUGGAGCGCGGGCCGGCCGGAAUUCCUUCCUCUCUCACCCCCCCCCAUCGCGCACUCCCCAUCCCACUCCGCAACGCGGGGCGGGGCGCGCCGCCCCCCACCCGCCCCUCCGCGCCCUCCGCGUCCGCUCCCCGCGCCCGCGGCGUGAGGGCGGGGAGGGCGCGCUGUAGCCGGGGACAACGCGAACGGUACACGCUCACGGCAACGCACCACGGACACCUACACCGACGACGCACACGACACGGCCACACGCAGGGCGCCCCGCAGCGCGGCUCUGUCGGCGAGCCCCGCCAACAAAGACCCCUCUCCGCCGCCCCCCCCCGCCGGCCGCGGCCGCCCCCCGGGAGUAAGCCGGGUCCGGGGCAGCCCCGCGAGGCAGCGGCCCCGCCGCUCCCCCCGCACAGGCCGGGAGGCGGCGGCUCAGAGGCCUUGCCGCCACCAGGGCAAAAUCCAACAGCAAGUAAAAGCCUUGAAGUGUGGAGACUGACCAGGAAAACGUACUUCACAGAGAAGGAGGUGCAGCAGUGGUAUAAGGGCUUUAUCAAGGACUGUCCCAGUGGGCAGCUCGAUGCCGCUGGCUUCCAGAAGAUCUACAAGCAGUUCUUCCCCUUUGGCGACCCGACCAAAUUCGCCACCUUUGUUUUCAAUGUCUUUGAUGAGAACAAAGACGGGAGAAUCGAGUUUUCGGAGUUCAUCCAGGCGCUGUCAGUCACCUCCCGGGGGACGCUGGACGAGAAGCUGAGGUGGGCGUUCAAGCUGUACGACUUGGACAACGACGGGUACAUCACGAGGAACGAGAUGCUGGACAUUGUGGAUGCGAUUUAUCAGAUGGUGGGAAACACAGUGGAGCUUCCUGAGGAGGAGAACACACCGGAGAAGAGGGUGGAUCGGAUUUUUGCCAUGAUGGACAAGAAUGCAGAUGGGAAGCUGACGCUGCAGGAAUUUCAGGAGGGCUCCAAGGCCGACCCCUCCAUCGUGCAGGCGCUCUCCCUCUAUGACGGGCUCGUAUAGUCCCGGGGCCAAGCGGCGAUGCCUGGGGGAAGACGCUCUCCGUGCCAUCCGACCACCGCCGCGCGAAGCUUGCCUGUCCCUCUCGGCCUUCCUUUCUGUUCCGCGAGCAAAGGAUGCCCUCGCAGCGCGAGCUCACUCCCCCUCUCUGCACUCUGAACCAGCCGCUGCCAUUCGCCAACUUCUGCUUUUAAAAAAAAAAAAAAAAACCCCGCGCCAGACCCUGGUCUGAGCGGCAGCGAACGCCCAAGACUUCAGGGCCGGGGGAACSGGUCGAGCGUCGCCGAAGG